GUGGUCCUUUCUCUCACCUCUUUCCUCCAAGAUCACAUCUAGCAAGACUGUGAGCUUUUUCAAUCAGAUGGAGGAAGCAGCACAAAGAAAACCAUAAAGCUGAGAGCAAAAUUAUUAUUCUGGAGUGACCUGGGAGAGAUCCCCUCAACAACUGUUGGGUGAAAUUUACAAGAAGGACUUCAUACUUUUACAGUAACAUACUGUAUAUACAGAUCCUCUAAAGGCAAUACCAUCUCUGGCUACUGCCCCUGGCUCAAAAUGUUGUUUACUCUAGGACUUUUCCUCCUUCUCACCCCAUUUCCCUCCUUUCAAACCCCAACCAAUGAGAAGAGAGACUCUGCAGGAAGCGAAGUGACCAAAGCAAAUGCUGUUUUCACUCUUUUAAAACCCAAAACCACUGUUACUCUCGCCAAACAGACCGUCCGCCCCACCCUAAAGUCAAACACAGUCAAUCAGACAGUUUUACCUACUCCAACCGCCAACCAAAAACCCCCAAUGGUCAAUGCUUCAGCAACCACCAAAAGCAAGCCCAGCCCAGCAGUAAUUCAAACCACUCCGUCAGCACCCGUAAAGGCUGCUGCCACAGCCAGUGGAACCACGACUAACAAAGACAAGCACACAGUUUCAGUCAAUCAGACUGUCUCAACAAAAUCUACUUCAGCCAGUGAAGUAAAGGCUACCAAAGACAAGCCAGGCCCCACAGUAGGUCCAAAUACUAAGUCAGCUGCUGCAAAGUCAGCUUCAGCUAAAAACGUCAAGGACAAACUCCAAACCUCAGUCAGUCAGACUGUUUUGGUAAAAUCUUCUUCAACUAGUGAUGGGACCGCUGCUAAAGACAAGCCUGCAUCCACUGGAGCUCCAAAUGUUCAGUCAACAGCUCCAAAAUCAGCCUCAGUCAGUGGUGCAAAAACUGGUAAAGACAAACCCCAGCAUUCAGUAAAUCAGACAGUUUCAUCGAAAUCACCUUCAACCAGUGAUGGGAAGACCGCCAAAGACAAGCCUACCCCCACUGGAGCUCCCAGUGUUCAGUCAGUAGCCACAAAGUCAGCCUCAGCCAGUGGGGCUAAAACCACCAAAAACAAGCCCACCUCCUCUGUCAGUCAGACAGCUGAUACAAAGAACACCAGAGACAAGUCUGCCUCCACAGUCGCUCCAACUGUGAUGACAACACCCACAAAAGCCCCCACAGUUAGCAGCUCAAUGGCUGACAAAAAUAAGGCUGCAGCCUCUGCCAAUCAGACCACUGUAAUCAAGGCUCCUACCAUCACAAAAGAAAAGCCUCAACCUGCUCAACCCUUGAAGGUGGUCAUCAGCGAUGGCUGUGACUCAAGCCGGACCAAGGAGCAGGAGCUGGAGCUGAAACCUGGUUCUCCACUUGUGAUGACCCAUAAGAUCAGUUUGGUGCCUGGUGGCUGCACUGGAGGAUGUGAGGCUGAGAUGGCUGCGCUGAAAGGACGCGUGGCUUGGCUGGAAAAAGAGAUGUCCCUUCUGAAAGACAAAUGUCCAUGUUCUGCAAAUUGUCCAUAUGAAUGUAGUGGCAAUGGGGAAUGUGAGAAAGGAAAAUGUAUCUGCCACCAGGGAUUCACAGGUCCAGACUGCAAAGUCGCCAAAGAAAAGGCCAAGGUAACAGUGGAAACAGUGACCCUGCAGGUGAAUAAAGAUAGCAACGCUGUCAAAGAAGGCACACAAACUAAUAAAGUAGAGAAGACUCUCUUCCACAAAAAAGACCAGAAGAAGGGAUCAGAAGCCAAAGAGACUGACACCAAGGCCAAAGUAGGACUUGUGAAGACACAAAUAAAGCAAGAUGCCUCUGUUAAGAAAAGCACUACCAAAGGCUCUUCAGUUUCCACAAAGACCAGUACUAUUGGUAACUUUCUGUUGAAACAAGGAGGACGAAAGCAAGAGGAGGUUCGCACAGGAAAGACUACAGUCUUGACCCCUAAAAAGGUUGUCCAAAAGACUGACAUCAAGCUUGUUAAAGAAGAAACUACUGGUAAAGCAACUCCUAAAUCUGGUCAACUGAAAGAUGAACCUCACACCAAUGUAACACAGACCAAUGUGAAGAAAUUAAACGGCACAGCUAAAAUUGUAACCGUUUCUGCUAAAAUCAUGGGAGCAAACAAAACCAGACCAGGGAAGGAGGUCACAGAGCAGUCCACAACGACUGAAAAGCACACCACUCAGUCAUCUGGACAGAAACACCAAAAGAAGAUAAAGGUAGAUACUGUUAAUGUGCAAUUGGUGGACAACAGAAACACUGAUGAUGGCAAGAUGGGAAAAGGGAAAGUUAUACAGAAGAGUCAGUAUAUAGUGAACACAACUUUUGUAACCACAUCAGAUCAGACUAGCACUCAGCAGAACAAAACAACAGUCAGUGGCUCUGGGACCAGCACUAAGAGGACAGGAGGAAGUGGAUUAGGUUCUGUCAAGGUUGUAAAUGCCUCCUCCUACAGCUUCAUUCUCACAUGGUCAGCCCCUCAAGGCAUGUUCAAGAACUUCACUGUGAUCAGAAGAGAGCCCCGAAUGGAGGGUGAUGAAGAUGAACACGAGGAGUUGGAAGAGGAGGACGUAUUUAAAGGAGACAAGGCCUCUGUGGCAAAGAACACAACAGAGGUCCAGGUACAGAGUGAAACCAGCAACACAACCACCACUACUGGUAAAGGCUUUGGUUCAAGAGGUAAAGCUGAAACCAAGAGGGUCUCUAUGGCGGUCCCUGGCAACACACGGUCAAUGGAGUUCAGUAACCUACGAGCAAACACACGCUAUGUCCUGUACAUGUAUGGUACUAGUGCUGACAGAAGAUCCAAGAUACACAGAGUGACAGCAGUUACAGGCCCAGAACCAGCCACAGAGAUGGUUUUCAGCAAUGUAACAGAGUCUUCUCUCACUGUGUCCUGGACUAAACCAAAGGCCACAUUCACAGGCUUCAGGAUCACUUACAUAAACAUUGUCACAGGGGAAAGCCAUUCUCUGACUACAGACUCUGAACAGUCCUAUAUGGUUCUGCCCCAGCUGUCAGCUGGAACUUCCUAUAUUAUCACUGUAACCACUUUACAUGGCAGAGGCCAGAGUGACACUCUCACAUCCAUUAUCACCACGGUGCCUGCUCCCCCAACACAUCUUCGAGCUGUCAAUGUGACAGAUACCAAAGCUCUGCUGAAAUGGACACCCAGUCUAGGGAAAGUAGAUCGCUUUAUUGUCAGCUAUGAGUCCUCUAAAACUCCUAAUGUGACGGUGACAGUGAUGCUGUCUGGUAACUCGGUGGAACACCAGCUGCGAGGCCUACAGAGAGGAACACUGUACACAGUCAAAGUCCUGAGCCAGAAGGACAGUCUCCAAAGCACAGCCAUUUCAACUACUUUUACUACUGCUAACGCGGUUAAAGCCAGUGAAGUGGGUGCUCGCUAUGCAGUGAUCGCAUGGAGAUCUUCCAGUGUUGUUUAUCACAGCUACAGACUGACCUACCAGGUGGCAGGAGAGGAGACAAAGGAAAUUAUCCUGGACUCCACCACCACUGAGUACAAACUCACUGGACUGUUGCCCAUGUCACGCUAUAUUGUUUUGGUACAAGGUGAAAGAGAUGGAUACUACACAUCUGUUGUCACUACAGAAUUUAUCACAGGAAAACUGCGUUUCCCCUUUCCGACUGAGUGCUCUCAGGAGCUGCUGAAUGGAGCUCUGCACUCAGGAGAGGUCGACAUUUACCCCCAAGGAAAAGAAGGACCAGUGGUUAGAGUCUACUGUGACAUGGAGACUGAUGGAGGCGGCUGGACGGUUUUCCAAAGGAGAAUGAAUGGAAAGACAGAUUUCUACAGAACCUGGAGUGAAUACAGCAUUGGUUUUGGAAACAUCAGUGAAGAGUUCUGGCUCGGAAAUGAACUUCUUCACAACCUGACCAGUAUUGGCCCUGUCAGUCUGAGAGUGGAUAUGCGAUCUGGAAAUGACACAGCUUACGCCCACUAUGCAGACUUUUUCAUUGACUCAGAGGAGAAACACUAUGGGCUGACGCUGUCUGGCUACAUAGGAACAGCAGGUGACUCUAUGAGGUAUCACAAUGGACGUCCAUUCUCAACACGCGACAAGGACCCCGAUCCUCUGGGGAUCCACUGUUCAAAGGCCUAUAUGGGAGGCUGGUGGUAUAAGAACUGCUAUAAGACCAACCUCAACGGUCUUUAUGGGAUCAACAGUAAUAAUCAGGGAAUCGUCUGGAUAGACUGGAAGGGUAAAGACUCAUCCAUUCCUUUUACUGAGAUGAAGUUCAGACCAUCCAGGUUCUCCCCUGCAACCCAUGGCUAAGGACACUUCAGCAUCUAUCAGUCCUCCACCCAAACAACCCCUACAUCUGACAGAAGGCAUUUAGAGCUCUAGAUGGAGGAUGGAUCUCACAGUUGCUGCAUGUUACUUUCAAUCUGAAACAAUUUGAGGACAAUAAUGACAGCUAGUAAUACCUUUAUUUCAAUGCAAAUGCACCAGGAUUUUUUUUUCUUUUUUUUUGAUAUUGUGGUUGUUUUUGUUCAUCAUCGGCUGUUUCUUUAGGAAAGGAGGGGAAAUGUUUUAUGGAAACUUUUUGUAAAGAGUUCUACUGUUCUGCCUGACCCAUUUAUCUCAGAUCAGUUUUGUUUUGACUCUAAUACCGUCUUGUGUAGCACCAUGGCAUGCCACCUCACUACUACUGUAAUUAAAUAUGCACUGUUUCACCCUAUUGGAAUAAAUGUGGCUAAUGUGGGUCUGAAGUGUAGCUUUUUUCUUUUGUACAAGUAAAUUAAAACACUCAAAUCCUGA